AUGAGCAUUCAGAUGUCAAAUACCAAUGGUGAUAGAGCACAAAUCAACGCGCGGCUGAACGAGUUGUCCUCAAGGAAGAGACGAAUCGAGGAAGAAAUAUGCCAGAUGAACCAAAUUUUGCAGUCGAACGGAAAUGUUGGGAUGGAUUCACCUCUGGUGGACAGGGAAGGCUUUCCCAGGUCGGACAUUGAUGUGGCGUCCGUUCGAACAGCUAGGAAUCGUAUUAUACAUCUGAACAAUGACCAUAAGAGUGUGAUGCUGGCAAUGGAAGAAGCACUCAAUCAGAUGCACCAACUGAUGCGAACACCAAACGGAGUUGCGUCCCCUGUAGCCAAUGCUGAAUUGUAUGGUGGUAGCUCGUCACCACAGGAUGUUGUGGUGAGCACUUCGCUUGAGCCAUUUCUCCUGGUCGAUGAAGUCAAGUCCGAGUCGCCUGCUGAACACGCUGUGAGUGUGUCACUGGUUGCUUCUUCCACAUGAGAUCUUUCGAUCAACGUGUAGACGAAUCGUUUGUCACCAGCGCGAAGCGCUCACGGAUGUCAAGAUUGCCCACAUGCAGCAAUCUGAGCACCCCUUUGAGUCGAUGUGUCUUUCCGUUUUAUAGGACAAAUUGGUUCGAUGUACCGGUCCAGUCUUCAUGUCAAGGAAGUGCUUUAUGCACUCAAGACGGGUGUAUUUUUAGUUAUAACGCAUGCG